AACUUGUAGCCCACGAGUGAAUAUUAAAUCGAGAGCAGUCGAUCGCACAGCAGUGUCUGGCCAGUUCUGACUGAAGCUUUGGAUCGAGCGGUUCUGCUUCUGGUUCAUUUCUGGAGCCUUUUUCUUCACGCGAUUCUAGACUGAAAUAUACAACAGCAGAAGCUCAUUAUCAACGAGAAUAGGGUUGUUUUGAGGACAGAUGCUAUCUACGAUGAGGCCUUAACUGACGCUUUCCUUGAGUUUGGUGUCGAUUGUUGCUAGAAUGGCUAAUGCUAAGAAAGCGUCGUCUAAGACGGGGGGCGUUCGCUUCGCUGAGGAAUCCUCUGAAGCCGCUCAGUCUCAUGUGCAUUUUGACGAGAAACUGCACGACUCCGUUGUGAUGGUGAUACCCGAAUCAAACGGAAACUUCCUGGUUAAGGUGGGCUUCCUGAAAACACAGCACCGAUAUGAGAUCGUGUUCACACUGCCGGAGAUGCCAGAGCUCGGGAAAGACGUGUGUCCAGCCCCCAUCCCCAAUCCGCACCUCCGGAUCACUAACCUAACUCCGUCCUCAGAUGGAGGUCUGAGGGUGACAUGUGAAUAUAUGGCCCAUCAGGAGGGGGUGAUGUGUGAGGAGGUGCAGAUUCUGAGUGAGAGCAAAGAGGAUUCAAGCGUGAAGGUUAAAGUUCAUGCUCGUGUCAUGGACCGUCAUCACGGGACUCCGAUGCUGCUGGAAGGUGUGCGCUGCAUAGGAGCAGAACUCGAGUACGACUCCGAGCAAAGCGACUGGCAAGGCUUCGACUAAAUGCUUGAACCUCACAGACUUCCCAAUCACUGACAGAAUAUUCCAGAUUCUGGACUUCUGUUGUCAGCAUCACUGCUUUCUGCUCGCAGCGUUUGGAAACAAACUGUGGUUACUAGCUUGUUUGUACUGUAACUUUGCAAUGCAGGAAUGAUCUGUUGUUUACUAUACUGUAGCUCUCUGUGAUUUGUCGUUUUUCUGGUUUGGAUAAAAAAAAAAACAAUCAAAUGGUGUGAAUUUCAGUGUCAUGGUGAAUGUUUCUUUUAGAUAAAAACAAAUAUAAUAUGCUAUUAUGUCUGUAUUUCUGCACUUUCUCGCUCUAAUCUGAUGUGAUUUUAAGGUUUCUAAACCAAUUCUUUGAAUGAUGCUCGUGCUCAGUGUGAAUCAGCCUCUUGUUUGCACCAGUAGGAGGCACUGCUGACCACAAAAUCAAUCUUACAUGUUUCACAUUGAACUUUGUUGGCAUCUUGGCUUUAAAGGUUGAAUGUUUUGAAAUCUAUCGAAAUAAUUUACUCAGAAUCAUUAAGAUCCAGCAAAUGUUGGAGAUGUUGUCUGCCCUGAUAGAUUUUUAACAAGAUCAUCACAUUAAGGGCUGUUCAUCAUUCAUCUUUUAUGUGUAACAUUGGUCUGUUUUGUCGAGCAAAAGUGCCUGAAAUCAUGUACAUUGAGUUUAUUUUAUUGAUGCCAGCAUGUAAAUCGAGCCAUUCAUUACACAUUGAAUGUUGGGCAGCCUUAUUCCAGCAUAGUAUUGUAUGUCUGUUCUUAACUCAACAUAACUGCUAUUAUGAGGUCUCGGGAUCUCUCUGUCCUUUCGAACUGAAAUUUUAAAUAAUUUCUACCAGAGCAAAUAAUUUUGAUGGUUUUCACUGUUGACGACUUGUCUGUUUCUGCAUUUUUUUUGUACUCUCAAGCAAAUAAAAUUAACUUCUUGUUUCAAAA